AUGGCAGAUUCAUCAUUAGGGGAUAUUUCUAAAAUGAAGGUUGUAGAGCUACGAAAGGAAUUAAAAUCACGUGGAUUAUCGUAUGCCGGAGAUAAGGCUGAACUUAUAGCUAGACUUCAAGCUGCUACGACGCCAGAUGAACAUGCCGAUAUAAACCUUGACUCCGACGAACUAGACUCAGAGGGUGUCCUCGACGACGAAGAUGAGAAAGCACAGAAUGAUAUUUUGGAAGAAACCGCUGUAGAUACGCUGAGCGAGGAAUUAGCACUUGUAGAUAGGUCACCAGAAAAACCACCUGCAGUUGUAAAGCCGCAGCGAACAUUGAAAAGAAAAGUCACGACUGAAAACCAAAAAGAGGAUCCUACUGAGAAUAAAGAAGGUGGGUCAAAGAAGAUAGUAUUAAAUCGAACUAUUUCAAUGACAUCAAAUACAUCAAAACCUCCUGAAGAAAAAAAAGAAGCAGAAGAAAAAACUCCAGUAGUUCACUCAGAAAGUAACAAAGUAAAGAUAACAGCAGACCUGGACUUGAAAACAAGAUUAGAGAUGAGAGCAAAGCGCUUUGGUCUCCCUGUUAAAGUUUCAGAUGAUGUACGAAAGGAAGCUCGCAAACAGCGUUUUGGAAACUCGAAUGGGUCUAAUGAAGUUACUAAGGUUACAAUCCCUGGAACUCUAUCUGGCAAUCUCGACAAACUUAAGCAAAGGGCAGAAAGAUUCGGACAGUCAGUUUCUUCUCUCAUGACUGACAUUGAGAAUAGAGAAAAACUAGAAAAGCGAAAAGCUAAAUUUGGGACUGUGAAGUAG